AGACGAAAAAAACAUGAGGAGUAAAGUUGGGAGGCUGCUGUCAUUAUACAGGAGAUUUGCUGGUAAUGGCUCAAAAAACUUUACAUUAUCAGCAGGAACACCACAGAAAGAAGUAUCCAAGUUCCAUUAUUCAAGAAGAAAGUAUAAACUUGUACGUCCAGCUGACUGCACACCUCUGAGGGAUUUUCCAAGAGAUCGUAUACCAAUGCCUUCCUAUGUUCAAAACCCUACAAUUGAAAAAAAAGAGCUGGAAUUAAAAAAUGAAGAACAAUUAAAAAAAAUGAGAAGGUCAUGUAAACUUGCAAGAAAAAUUCUGGAUGCAACUGCUGAACAAAUUAAGCCUGGCGUGACAACAGAUGAACUGGAUGAGUUUGCCCAUGAGAUGUGCAUAGAACAUAAUUGUUACCCUUCUCCUCUCUUCUACAACCUAUAUUACAAGUCUAUAUGCACAUCAGUAAACAAUGUAAUGAUCCAUGGAAUUCCUGACCUCCGACCUCUGUACAGUGGCGAUAUCAUCAAUGUUGAUGUGACUAUAUUUUUUGAUGGAUAUCAUGGUGAUGUGUCAGAAACUUAUCUAGUUGGAGAUGUAGACGAUGACGGUAAACAUUUAGUUAAUGUGGCCAGGAAAUGUCGGGACGCUGGUAUUAGCGUGUGUGGACCAGGACAGCCUAUGAAUGUUAUUGGAAAUGCUAUAAGUGAGGUUGCUGAGUCAGAAGGAUUGUCAGUAGUACCUGAAAUACUAGGUCACGGCAUUGGUACCUACUUCCACGGACCACCAGAUGUUGUGCAUGUUGCACAUGAUCCUGAUGAGGAAGUUUUGAUGCAGAGUGGAAUGACUUUCACAAUAGAGCCUCUUGUUUGUGAAGGGGAGACAGCUUACACUGUGUUGAAUGAUGGUUGGACUUGUAUAUCUAAUGAUGGAGGGCGGUCGGCCCAAUUUGAACAUACCAUUCUUAUUACAAAUAAUGGAGCUGAGGUUUUAACAAGUUGACACAAUUGUAGCCCAUAUAAGAUUUUUUUUCAGAAUUAUUAAAGCAUUGAUUUAAGUUGUUGUUGUUGUUGGAAUAUUGGUUUAUUUACCAUUGUAUGAUCAUUGACAAAAGGCUGGUUGAGUUGCGCAGUGACAAAACACUCGCCUUUCAUCUAGCCAUCCGGGAUUCGAUUCUCAGAACAGAUGUGAAACAGUAUGAGGUCACCUGCCUGAUCAAACAGGUAUGAGGUCACCUGCCUGAUCAAACAGGUAUGGGGUCACCUGCCCAACAACGUGAGUUUUCCCUGCAUACUCUGGUUUCCUCCCACGUUAAAAAUUAUCCUGCGCUUCUAUCAAGGCCAAGAUGAGUGAUCAAUAUGUUUUGCAAUUGUUGUGAAAUGAAUAAAGUUUAUAUAUAAAGGC